AGCUUUUGCCGAAAGGUAAAUAUUACAGGAAAGUAGGUGAACCUCCUUCAGAGAACCAACACCUCUUCUGACCAACGUCGAGGUGUUGAAACGAGGAAAUAUGAGCUAAGACGACACUUGUAGCUGUCAACCCUCCGGGACUUUUUACUUUGAAGUUUGUGUGAGACUUAGCAGACAUGGUAGAGGUGUUUACCGGCAGGACACUCCUGAAUAAAGACGGGGAUUUAGUCGAUCCUGAAGAGGCGCUGAGGAAUAAAGUGGUGGGGAUCUACUUUUCUGCAGGAUGGUGUCCCCCAUGUCGAGACUUCACACCCAUCCUGUGUGAUUUCUACACGGAACUGGUUGAAGAGAGCGACCCUCCGGCUCAGUUUGAAAUAGUUUUUGUCUCCUCAGACAAGUCGAUGGAUGACAUGGUUGAAUAUUAUCAUGAUAUGCACGGAGACUGGCUAGCUCUGCCCUGGACGGAUGAUUACAAGCAUGAGUUGAAGCAGCGCUACAAGAUCACAGCGGUCCCUAAACUGGUGAUUGUGAAGGAGAACGGCGACAUGAUCACAGACAAGGGCAGGAAACAGAUCAGAGACCGAGGCCUGGCCUGCUUCAGGUCCUGGCUGGACGCUGCAGAGAUCUUCCAGAACUUUAAGGGUUAGGAAACAAAGUCGAGGAACACGUCAACCCAUCUUUUCACGAGGGCUACUGUAGCCACAUUAGAGAGCUGAACAAAACCAAAGUAAAAUAUUUCUAUGCUCAUUUUAGUUCAGUGGUUCCCACUUGGGGAUGAAGGGUCAGAAGAUGGUUAAGGGAUAUGAAAAAGAAAAUUAUAUUUCUGUUACACAAAAUUAUGUUUAUUUAUUCAGAUUGUUUUGCUUUUUUUUCUUGUCAAAUACUGGAUAUAUUUUACUUCUUAAACAUCUCAAAUCGUUCAAUUAAAUAAUCUGAGAAGAAAAAAUCUAACUUUUGGUUGAAUUGCUUACAAGUAAUGCUUUGAUGAGGGGUUUACAUUUAGAUAUGCAUUUGUUUUAAGGGUGCACAAGCCAAAAAUGGUUGAGAAACGCUGCUUUAAACAUCCUAUGCAUUUAAGACAAACCUCAGGCGUGUCCAUUAUGGUUCAUAUGUGAAAAAUGCUCUGCUUUAAGGAAAUUGUGCAUUAAGUAUGAAUAAUACAAGCCAGCUACUGUA